CUGGCAAUUCUUGGAGCCUGCACUUGCAACACUUCUGGAGGGCAGCCUUGUCCUUGUGCUAAAAUGGCAGCUGUAACUCGAAAGCAACUUCUUCAACUCAAGCAAGAGACUGAAAAUCUGAAGAAGAGUAAGGAUGAAGCUUAUGUAAUGGCAGAUGCCUUCAGAAUUGCAUUUGAGCAGCAGCUAAUGCAGAAGAAAGACCAAGCCCUGAGGCUGGCAGAAGUGAUAAAGAUUAAGAAGGAAACAAAAUUUAUAAACUGGAGGCGUCUGAAGGAUGAUGGACGUGCCAAGUUACAAACUAACAAGAACAGCCUGGGGCGAAAACUGUCUGGCCUGCUUUCAUCAGAUGUGGACUGUAGGAAGGUUGAGGAGCUGGACAAUCCUCAUGAAAUCCUGAAGAUGUUAAUAGAUUUGAUAAAUGACAAAGAGGAGGCUCUGGCUCAUCAGAGAAAGGUUAGUUACAUGCUAGCUCGUGCAAUGGAGGCGAAAGAGGAUCUGGGCCCCAUACAUGACUGCUGCCAAAACCUCAGUUCUCAAAACAGCGUUUCUUCAGUGCCCAGUGCAAAAAUACUUGAACAGACAGCAAAAAUGCUUCGAAAAUCACACUCCUGGCCCUCCGAGACUACGCAUUGUGAAGAAGAUAAUCCACAUGGAAAAGCAGACGACACUGUUGUGAUCUCUAUAUAG